GUGAGUGAGUGUGUGUGAGAGUGUGUGUGCGCGCGCGCGGGUCCCAAACUGGAAACCACUACCGAAAAGCACACACGCUCACGAUUCAGGCGGACGGGUUGUCGGCACUACUUUCCAGAGAGCGGUGAAAAGCCGCCGCGGAGACCCCGAAACUUGCGUGAUUGUUUUUUUUCCUUCUUCUUCUUCUGUGGUGUUAGCAGCGCUGUUGCGCCGCGCGGACUGCUCGGCUACUUGAGUGGAUCCAUUGGUUGGAGCGGGACUGCGCAUUGGCUGUGCUGCUCUGCCGUGUAUCCACCGCUCAUCCAGAGGGAAGAGAAACCAUGAAGAACUGAACGUUUUCUUCUUCUCGAGUUAAAUCCAACUGUCAUCUUGUCUCGCGCCGCUUCUUCUCUUUCGCGUUCAUUUUCUCGUGCUGUGUGGGAUGCGUCGGCCGCUUUAGGAUCCCGCUGACAAACAGUUUUUACAAGAAGUUUACAACAAGCCUCGGACACGAGAAGACGCAAUGUCGACGCCGAGGUUCAAAAAGGAUAAAGAAAUCAUCGCGGAGUACGAGAGUCAAGUCAAAGAGAUUCGGGCCCAGCUGGUGGAGCAGCAGAAAUGCCUGGACCAGCAGACAGAGAUGAGGGUCCAGCUGCUGCAGGAUCUCCAGGACUUCUUCAGGAAGAAGGCCGAGAUUGAAAUGGAAUACUCCAGAAACCUGGAGAAACUGGCUGAACGCUUCAUGGCAAAGACUCGCAGCACCAAGGAUCACCAGCAGUACAAGAAAGACCAGAACCUGCUGUCCCCAGUCAACUGUUGGUACCUGCUGCUGAACCAGGUGAGGAGGGAGAGCAAGGACCACGCCACACUGAGCGACAUCUACCUCAACAACGUCAUCAUGAGGUUCAUGCAGAUCAGUGAGGACUCCACACGGCUACUCAAGAAGAGCAAGGAAAUAGCCUUUCAGCUCCAGGAAGACUUAAUGAAGGUCCUAAAUGAGCUAUACACAGUGAUGAAGACCUACCACAUGUACCACUCAGAGAGCAUCAGCGCUGAGAGCAAGCUGAAGGAGGCUGAGAAGCAGGAGGAGAAGCAGAUUGGCAGGGGAGAUCCAGUCUUCAGUAUCCGAAUGGAGGACAAAUACCAGAGGCGCAGCUCUGUGAAGAAGAUUGAGAAGAUGAAAGAGAAGCGUCAAGCCAAGUACUCCGAGAACAAGCUGAAGUCGAUCAAAGCGCGGAACGAGUACCUGCUGACACUGGAAGCGUCAAACUCCUCCGUUUUCAAAUACUACAUCCAUGACUUGUCGGACUUAAUUGAUUGCUGUGAUUUGGGGUAUCACGCCAGUCUGAACCGGGCCCUGCGGACCUACCUGUCAGCAGAAUACAACCUAGAGACGUCACGCCACGAGGGUCUGGACAUCAUAGAGAAUGCCGUGGACAGUCUGGACCCACGGAGUGACAGACAGAGGUUCAUGGAGAUGUAUCCGACAGCCUUCUGCCCACCAGCAAAAUUUGAGUUCCAGCCUCAUAUGGGAGACGAGGUGUGUCAGAUCUCAGUGCAGCCCCCGGUCAACGGAGAGCUCAUCCUGAGGUUCCAGCAGCUUCAAUCUCGGCUGGCUACUCUGAAGAUCGAGAACGAAGAGAUCAAAAAGACAUCAGAGGCCACCCUGACCACCAUCCAGGACAUGGUGACCAUCGAAGACUACGACGUGUCCGAGUGUUUCCACCACAGCCGAUCCACCGAGUCGGUCAAGUCCACUGUGUCGGAGACAUACCUCAGCAAACCCAGCAUUGCCAAGAGGAGGGCCAACCAGCAGGAGACAGAGCAGUUCUACUUCAUGAAAUUCCGGGAGUUUCUGGAGGGCAGUAAUCUCAUCUCCAAACUGCAGGCCAAACACGACUUGCUGAAGAGGACACUUGGUGAAGGCCACAGAGCUGACUACAUGACCACAAGACAUCCCAAUGGGCCACUCAAAACCCACACCGGCACCCGGCGAACUAGACCCCGCUCUGUUUUUAAUGUUAGGUUAUUUAAUGGCAAUUUGGAGUCAUUUAUCAAGGACUCUGGACAAGCUAUCCCCCGUGUGGUUGAGAGCUGCAUUCGCUACAUCAAUUUGUAUGGCCUCCAACAUCAAGGAAUAUUUCGUGUAUCUGGAUCCCAGCUGGAAGUCAAUGACAUCAAAAACUCAUUUGAGAGAGGAAACGACCCUCUGACCGAUGAUGAGAAUAAUCAUGACAUCAACUCGGUGGCUGGCGUCCUCAAACUUUACUUCCGUGGUCUGGAGAAUCCUCUUUUCCCCAAAGAGAGGUUCAAUGAGCUGCUGGCCUGCAUCAGAAUAGAGAACCUGUAUGAGAGAGCACUGUACAUCCGUAAGAUCCUCCUGACCAUUCCCAGAUCAGUCCUCAUCGUCAUGCGCUACCUCUUCGCCUUCCUCAACCACCUGUCCCAGUACAGCGAUGAGAACAUGAUGGACCCCUACAACCUGGCUAUAUGCUUCGGCCCCACACUCAUGCCCACACCGGACAGCCAGGACCAGGUCUCCUGCCAGGCUCACGUCAACGAGAUCAUCAAGACCAUCAUCAUCCACCACGAGACCAUCUUUCCCGAUGCCAAAGAACUGGAUGGGCCCAUCUAUGAGAAGUGUAUGGCUGGAGGAGACUAUUGUGAGAGCCCCUACAGUGAGCAUGGAGCACUGGAGGAAGUAGAGAACGAGGGAGGGACAGAGACACACACCAGCGAGGAUGAGGGCGAACCCAUUGAAGCCAUUGCCAAGUUUGACUACGUUGGGCGCUCUUCCCGAGAGUUGUCCUUCAAGAAGGGCGCCUCCCUGCUGCUGUAUCAGCGGGCGUCAGAGGACUGGUGGGAGGGACGGCACAACGGCAUCGAUGGCCUGGUGCCCCACCAGUAUAUUGUGGUCCAAGACAUAGAUGACAACUUCUCAGACACUCUGAGUCAGAAGGCUGACAGUGAGGCCAGCAGUGGCCAUGCUGGAGAGGAUAAAUGCUCAGGAAAAGACAUCGGCUCACCCACUGACACCAGGAUCUCUGAGGCCUACGUUACCAGCAGGCACAAGAAAAGAUCCGAACCACCAUCUCGGCGACCCCCUGCUCGCCCCAGUGAUGUUCACUGCAUGGUGCACCCCUCCCAGCACGGUCAUGGAGGACAUGGAGGUACACCAGAGAUGGGCUCCCCAGUUCUAGGCCACUUCAGCCCCCGGGACAUGCUGCGGAGUCGCAACCACAUGCCCAUGGACAGCCCUGAACGUCGGCGCCGCACCGGCCACGGCAGCCUGACCAACAUCAGCCGCCACGAGUCGCUGAAGAAAAUGGAAAGCCCCCCUAUCCGCCGCUCAACCUCUUCGGGCCAGUACACGGGCUUUACUGACGCACACCACCACCACGGCGGCAAACCAUUGGAUCCGGAGACCAUCGCACAGGACAUAGAAGAAACUAUGAACACUGCUCUGAAUGAGCUGCGCGAGCUGGAGCGGCAGAGCUCAGCCAAGCACGCCCCUGACGUGGUGCUGGACACCCUGGAGCAGCGGCAGACCUCCGGCAGCGGCGGUGGCGGAGGUCCCACGCCGGCCAGCUCCAGCGAGUCCCUCAGCCCCAUCCACGGCGUCAUGCUGAGGUCCACCGCCAACGCUGAGCCACCUAUCCGCCGCAGCACCAGCUCCUCCAGCGAUACCAUGAGCACCUUCAAGCCUGUGGUAGCGCCCCGCAUGGGGGUGCAGCUCAAACCCCCUGCCUUGAGGCCCAAGCCCAUGGUCCUGCCCAAGUCCAGCCAGGCCUCACAGCCUCCAGCUACUCAGGACCCUCUGGACAAGUCCUGCACCAUGUGAGCUCUGGGACAGGAACCAGAGGUGUAAAACAAACACUCUCAAUCUACUUCCAGGGGGCUGCAAAAUGCUACCAGUGUCCUGACUUCAAAGACAACAACAAAUAAUAUCCCUGAGUGUGUAAAAUACGUGGACCUGGACAGGAAAAGAUGCGUCCUUGUGGUGAAAACAAAGGACUCUGACAGGGAGACUGAGUGAGGAGUUACUAUGUAGGUCUGUCAGUCGGACAAAUGUUUAGUCUCAAUAACAUGUGCAUAGGUAUGUGUUAAUAUGUUUAGGUUAAUAUUAUCUAACAAAUGUCUUUUUGUUUUUCAAAGAAUAAAUUCAAACAACAAAUCACAAAGGCUUCCUACAAGAUUUUAGAACAUGUAUAUUAGUUAGUUUAGUUUACAGACAUUCAUGAACUAUGUAGCUUUGAACAAAACAUGCUGCAUGUACAGAAGCUCCUCUGUUUACCACUGAACCUGAACCUGGAGCUCGAUGAGAACUGUAGUGACCAGAGUGGCAUUCUCACACGUAGAACAAGACCAUGUAACUUUUUUGCUCUUACCUGGGAGGACCCUUAAAGGUGUCGUGAGCUGAGCUGGUUCAAAGGCCUUACUGACGUUCAUAUGUUAAAUAUUAUAAAGGUGCUGUGACUACAUGAAGAGAAAUGGUUUGAAGGUUGGACUGAUCACGGGCCUGAAGAGCCCUUAACAACUAACGGUACUUUGUUAAUAGAUAAUAGUACUAAUAGCAGUAUGCUUCUUUCACUAGCGUGUAAACUCUGCGCCUUUGUUUGGCAAGACAUACCAUCUGUUGUGUGUCAGAAAUGUACAAAGAUCACCUCUGUGCUGGAUUCACUCAAAUUUAUUUGAACAUAUUUCCGUAUUGCCUGGAAUGACAUAUGACUAUUGGAUAAAACCACUACUUCAUUAUGAACUUUGAACAUUUUCAUGCAUUCUUGAAUACCUGCAUCAAACGCUCAUGAUGCGGGAAUAAGAUUUGCCCAGUAACAUAUGCCUUUGCAUCUGUAUAAUCUAUGGGGAGCAGUGUGAAAAAUUCUGUGGAUAAAUCAUCUCCUAGCUACAGUAUAUAUAACACAUAUGCUAUUAUAUGAUGUGGAACACAUGCCAUAGCUCCUUUUUUUGCCUUGCUUGGCUCUAUCUACCCAAAGACAUGACUGUGCAAAUUAAAGCAUGGAUGUUGACCCUCCAUAUAUGAUGUAGGUAUUCUUCAUACUGACUGCUGUGUAUAGACUCAUGACAGCGCCCUGUGGGAGUGCUGCCGGUAGCCAUGGACCUAAUGACUGUUAGUGUAAAAGCCUCCUAAUAUGUUCACCCUGCUUCCUCUGUUUCUCUUUGUCAGCGUCUCUGAAAACAGCAGCUUGAUUUGUUUUCUGUUUUAUGUUCAGGUGAUAAUGUCAGUAAUAUAUUUUUUUUUGCAUUGUUCUGACACUGAGGCUUUCUCUGUGACCUGUGCAUUUUUGGAUGAUGACACCUCUAGGCACCUGAUGCGUGGCAGAAAACGGCACACAUGGAACACGAGGGAGUCUCACACAGUCGCUGAUGAACAGCCCGUGUCAGUCAGCUCAUAUGCGUCCAAGUCGAGUCAUACUUAUGCAAUAGCCCCAUCAAACUACGUGCCAGAGUCCCAGCUGUGUGACUGCACCCCUGUAUGUCUCUUUCAGAAUAACCGCUGUACUGUAGAAAUAAGAGAAGUGGGUGCAUGCCCUGGGAAUAUUUGGCUAGCAUAAUAACACAAAGAAAAGACUUGGUUUGCUAUGAAUAAGCAAUGCUCUCUAACAGCAGGUUUACAUUAUCUUUGACUUGACAGAUAUUGUGUGUAUAAUCAAAAUUUUCUGACUUACUAACUUUCAUGAUUUUUGUAAUCAUUUUUGUUAUGUUUCUGGGUAGAAAUGACUUAGAACAAACUGUGUAGACUAAAUAUCCAGAGAUACAAGUGUCCCACCUACAGUGUGAAGCCAGUUGUAAAAAGUGUGCUUUUGUCACUAUGCUAACAUCAUCAGUAGGACUCAGUUAUGCUGUCUGUAGGCUUUAAGCUACUCUGUGGUGUUAUGUACAUCUGCAGUAUGUACUUGUGAAAGUGCCUUUGAAAAUGUUUUAGAUGAACUUCAGACAUUCUGUACUUUUGCAUUUUCAUGUCAGAUAUUUUUGAGAAAAUGCAGUGCAGGAAGAAAACACAUGAAUACGUAAUGAUGCCAUUUUCCAAACAGUUAUAUGACAGAAUAAAUAAUAAAUAAAUAGCUUACCCAUUGUGACAUUGCACUUUUCUGUAUAUGAUUGUAUAUAUGGCAUGUAACAUCAUAACGUUUAGAGUUCUUUGAGGGUUUAUACCUCCAAGGAUUUCUUUCUAAUAAAGGAAAUAGUUU